AUGUGCGAAUACUGCAGGAUCGUUUACUUGUCGUGUAACACUGGAUUAAACAUUGAGGCUGAUGGUUUUACAUGUACAGAUCCGACUGUUUUACCAUUAUUUACUAAAAUAGAUAUAGACGAGUGCACUGCAAAUACUGACAACUGUGACGAUACAAAUGGCGGAUGUACAAACACUGCAGGAUCAUUUACUUGUUCAUGUUACACUGGAUUUAACCUUGAGGCGGAUGGUUUUACAUGCACAGAUAUAGACGAAUGCACUGCAAAUACCGACAACUGUGACGAUACAAAUGGCGGAUGCAAAAACACUGCUGGAUCAUUUACAUGCUUGUGUAAAGCUGGGUAUAAACUUGAUGUGGAUGGUUUUACGUGUAUAGAUAUAGACGAGUGUAGUACAUAUACAAACAUUUGUGGCCGUUCUGAUAGACUAUGUACCAAUACUGAUGGAUCGUUUACCUGUUCAUGUAACACUGGAUAUAUACUUUAUAAUAAUUCAUGUACAGUGGCACCAGAAACACCGAGAGGUUUUACAAUAGACUAUAUCCAGCAUAACAAGGCCCGAUUAUCGUGGUUACCUGGCAACAAUGGAGGGUUGACACAAACGUUUGUUAUACAGCUAGGAACUGGUGAAAGUUCUUGGGAAGAUAUAGAAGUCCAAGAUGGAGUCAAACAAAAUGAUCAACCAAUUUCCAAAAUACUGACGGGUCUCAUUGAUUCUACAACAUACUUCGUACGAAUGUACGCAUAUAACAACGUUGGAAAUAGUUCGCUUUCGGAAAUUCUCAGUUUUACUACGUCACCUAUCAAAGUUGAAACAGAAACUAAAACUACAACUACAUUAAUCGUGGGAAUUGUCUUAAGUGUAGUGAUAGUUGUGGUUAUAUCAUAUGCGAUUUAUGUAACAAUCCAACUUAAAAGAACGCGAAACGCUGUCCAAAAGGAUGGUCGCGUGCAGAAAAAAGACGGUCAAGUGAAUAUUCAUAUCGAAGACUCUACAAAUAUCCCUGAUAGUGGAGGGUAUGAAAAUCCAUAUACUGACCUCAAGACAGAAAUGAGGGAUUCAAGAUCUCCAUACGAAGCCAUAUCAACUAUGUAA